UCCAUUGGCCACCUCCGGUCAGGUGGACAGGGGAUGCCCGAAAUCCUUUCCUAAGACAAGAAAAUACUCCCAACAUGCUCCAGUGUUCGCUGCAGGCAGUUGAUGCAUCAGCUGCACGGUUGACAGCACCGGUCGGGCAGCAGGCGAUCCGCUAGGACCCAUAUUUUUACCCCCGACACCUGGCUUUUGAGUAGAGGGGGGCCCCGAGCCUGGGAAAAGUAAGAUGGGGGCUGGAGCAAGCGCCGAGGAUAAACGCUCCAGAGAGCUGGAGAAGAAGCUCAAGGAGGAUGCAGACAAGGAUGCGAGAACGGUCAAGCUGCUGCUGCUAGGUGCGGGAGAAUCAGGCAAAAGUACAAUUGUCAAACAGAUGAAAAUUAUCCAUCAAGACGGUUACUCACUUGAAGAGUCCUUGGAGUUCAUCACGAUCAUCUACAGCAACACGCUGCAGUCAAUGAUGGCCAUAGUGAAGGCCAUGAACACCCUCAAUAUUAACUACGGCCACUCUGACCAGCAGGACGACGCCAGGAAACUGGUGCACAUUGCAGACACGAUUGAGGAAGGCACCAUGCCCAAGGAGCUGUCGGACAUCAUUUUGCGCCUGUGGAAGGACUCGGGCAUUCAGGCCUGCUUUGACAGAGCGUCAGAGUAUCAGCUCAACGACUCUGCUGGAUAUUACCUGAGCGACUUGGAGCGACUGGUCCAGCCAGGAUACGUCCCCACCGAGCAGGACGUGCUGCGAUCAAGAGUGAAGACGACCGGUAUCAUUGAGACCCAGUUUGGAUUGAAAGAUCUGAAUUUCAGGAUGUUUGAUGUGGGCGGCCAAAGGUCAGAGAGGAAGAAGUGGAUUCACUGUUUCGAAGGUGUCACCUGUAUCAUCUUCAUUGCUGCUUUGAGUGCCUACGACAUGGUGCUGGUGGAAGAUGAUGAAGUGAACCGAAUGCACGAGAGUCUGCACUUGUUCAACAGUAUCUGCAACCACCGCUACUUCGCCACCACUUCCAUCGUACUUUUCCUCAACAAGAAAGACGUGUUCCUGGAGAAGAUCAAGAAAGCUCAUCUCAGCAUGUGUUUCCCCGACUACGACGGACCCAACACCUACGAGGACGCCGGUAACUACAUCAAAGUGCAGUUCCUGGACCUGAACUUGAGGCGCGACAUAAAAGAAAUCUACUCUCACAUGACCUGUGCCACAGACACAGAGAACGUCAAGUUUGUGUUUGACGCCGUAACCGACAUCAUCAUCAAGGAAAACCUCAAAGAUUGUGGUCUCUUCUAAAGAAGAACCACGCUGAGGAACCCUGUGGAGGGAGCUGCCGUAGCCCCGUCACGUUCCACAAAUCCCUUCCUCGAUUGAAACUGAGGGGCCCGAGAUUAGAAACUUGUCCCCUAAAAAAAAAAAAAAAAAAUCACCUAUUUUCGCAAACCGUAAUUUCAAACUUGUAGCUUUGACAAAAAGACUUGAGGUCAGCUGACACCAGAAGACUCUUCCCGCGCUAAAGACUAAAGAGGAGUUGAAUUUUAGUCGAGUCUAACUUCUUUAACGUCUUUCAAGGAGUUUGCAAUCUGUAGUUAAAACGUCAAAAGCUUCAGUCAGCGUAGGGGCGAUUUCAUUCCUCUAACGUAUGUACGAUCGUGAAUAGAUGCCACAGGUUAAUGCGUCGUCUCUUUGCUCCAGUUACUGGUCAGUAAAGCGUCAAAGAAGAAGAAAGAAGGAAACGAGAUGUGAUUAGAGAUUUUUAAAUGAACACUAGAAGCUUUUUUUUCCAGAGCAGUUUUGAGACAAUUCCUGCAGGAGAUGAUGAAUAAUUUGUGAGGGAAGAGGUAGAAAAUGUAACAUUGGGAAAUAGUUGA